AUGUAAAAAGUGAUUACCCCUGAAAUUGUGAGAACAUUUACCAAACCCUGCGAUAAAUUUCUAUGCAAACCAUCAGAGGAAAUCAAAUUUAUUAAAUUUAUACUCAGAGAUGCCGACGAUAACUUUAUUUUAUUUGACUUUGAGAAUGAUGAAGAAAAUCAACAAUAGGAGGUUUUGAGUUAUUAAUUCACACCCCAAUAUUUUGAUAUCAAGACUUUGGGAGCAACCAAAAUCUUCAAGACCUUUGAUAAGCCAUUAAAGAACUUGUUACUCGUUGAUAGAUUCUAUUUUAAAAACAACCUCAUAAAAGAAUACGAAUUUUGCUUUCCUUUUUGCAUACCACAUUCCACCAAUACGUGGGAAUCCAUGUAUGAUUAGCCUGCAUUGGGUGCAAACCUAAAGGAUCUAAUGCUCAUAAAUCCAUGGAAAACAAAAAGCGAUACAUUUCUGUUUAUAGAUGGAAAACUAGCCAACCAUGAGAGAAUAGAAUAUGAUUUUAGUGGAGGCUAAGAAGAUUUUGAUUGA